AUGGAAAAUCACAAGCCGAGGAGUACGGUUAUACUUGACGAGCUAGACUCGGAUCAAGUUUCGCCUCAACCUCAAGGGGUUCCAGCUUUUAUUCCUGUAUUUGUUCAAAGAGGGGAAAAUAUGCCUGUAGUUGAACAUACGCAGGAACCAGAGACAGAACCAGAAGUUCAGCAUGAUAAUCAACAAGUGGAGUUACCACUUGUAGAAGAACAAAAUCAUGAAAUGGUUUAUCCAGAAAUAAAUCAGGGUCCUCCUCAAAUUGUUAACCCACCAGACUUGAAUCAUCCUGAUGUCAUCAUUGAGAAUGAUGAUGAUCCCACUAGUUAUGACAAGGCACUAGAAGAUGUUGAUGCUCAGGAAUGGCUUGAGGCUAUGAGUCGUGAAAUGGAUUCUAUGUAUUCUAACUCAGUUUGGUCUCUUGUAGAUGCACCAAAAGGG